AUUCACCAAAAACAUUUUCGAAGUCGUGAAAUUUCCAGCCUAGUUCACGAUUCCACGUCCGCCAUCUAACCCUCCAGCCAGCCCCGUAGUUGAAUUCGACACCCCCAAACCGACACAAUGGCCAAGCUCUCUCGCGGUGCCCCCGGUGGCAAGCUCAAGAUGACCCUCGGUCUUCCCGUUGGUGCCGUCAUGAACUGCGCCGACAACUCUGGUGCCCGUAACCUUUACAUCAUCUCCGUCAAGGGUAUCGGUGCCCGCCUCAACAGACUGCCCGCCGGUGGUGUCGGUGACAUGGUCAUGGCCACCGUCAAGAAGGGAAAGCCCGAACUCCGCAAGAAGGUCCACCCCGCCGUCAUCGUGCGCCAGUCCAAGCCCUGGAAGCGUUUCGACGGUGUCUUCCUGUACUUCGAGGACAACGCCGGUGUCAUCGUCAACCCCAAGGGUGAGAUGAAGGGCUCUGCCAUCACCGGCCCCGUUGGUAAGGAGGCUGCUGAGCUCUGGCCCCGUAUUGCCAGCAACUCUGGUGUCGUCAUGUAAAGGAGUUUUUUUUUUUUACACAAGUCAAGAAAUAAAAGGGCGAAAAGGACGACGUUAUGGCUACGGAUUAGGUCAACCGGUGCGAACCAUUGGGACAUACUUCAUCACCCCCUCUUCCUCCUCUCUCUGUGACAACCUCUCUCCCCCUACCAUGUCGUCAUGAAUGAGAGAGCCGAGGUC